AUGAGCAAGGAUUGUUGUCUGUUUAAUUUUUUUUUUUUUUUUUUUUUUUUUUUUGAUCUUUUAUGGUCUCUUGGUGAACAAGUGCAAUAUAAGCGUCCUGUACCAGAUUCAAUUGGUACAGGUCUUGAUGUCGCUACUACCAAUAAUUCUGUUGUAGUCUUUUCUUCAAUGACAAGUAUAUCAAAAGAGAUCGCUUACGGUACACACCCGUUGCAGAGGAUCAAGUUCUUUCAUUACUCUCCUGCCAAUACUCAGUGUUUAGUUUUCGUCCAUGGUGGAGCAUGGAGAGAUCCAACAAAUACGUAUGAUGACUUCAAUCAACUAGCACAGCAUCUCCAGUCGCAGAUACCGAACUUCAAUUUUGUUGGAGUCAACUACAGACUCUCGCCUGAAGUAAAACAUCCUGAGCAUCUAAUGGAUUUAGGUGCGGCUUUGCUGUUUCUUAGCACCAGUUAUAAUAUGUCAAACUGCGUGUUGCUAGGCCAUUCUGUGGGCGCCACAUUGUUGAUGCAAUUGGUGAACUACAACAAGAUUAUAGAGCUUUCGGGCGUGACUGUUCCCGCUCCACUCGCAGUCAAGAUUUCGGGAAUGGUUUUCGUGGAUGGGAUUUAUGACAUGGUGGAUCUCAUAGAAGAAUAUGGGUCACUGUACGAGGAAUUUGUGGACAAUGCUUUCACUAAUGCAGACGGGUAUAUUAAUGCGCUGCAAAUGACGUGGAAGUGUAAAGAUAACUUUGAUGCAAAGUUUAAGGUACUUGUGGUUCAAUCUCUUGAAGACGAGUUGCUCAGCCUUCGACAGACAAAGCGAUUUGUCGAGUAUUUAAAGAAUCAGAAAGUCAUUUACGAGCUUGAUACUGGAGACUGGGGUCGCCACGAAGAGGUUUAUAGACGAGAGGAGUUAGCGCAGACAGUGAAAAAAUACUUAGAAAGUCUAUGA